CCCCACCCGCAUGUGUCUGGGCACCCUUGCCCAGCAGCAGUUACUGUAAGUAGGUUGUGAGUCCUAUAAAGCGUACGUUUCUCAAUGGCUGGGUCUCCGUUUGAAUCUUUGGAGAAGACAUUGGAAAAGCAUAUCCCUCCUGUUGAGUUGAAAGACGUUAGACGGAUAUUAUUUGGGAAUGACACGAAGAAGCUGGAGCUGUCGCAGUGUGCUGUAGAAGCGGCCCUGGAGCGGGACUUUGAACUCCAGGGAUGUAUGUUCGAGGCUGGCCAGGAACAACUCAGGCAGCCACGCAUCGUCCGUGUUGGUCUUAUUCAGAAUGCCAUCGUCCUGCCGACAGAUGCCCCUGUUAUGGAGCAGAUCACUGCCCUCCACAGAAGGGUGGGUGAGGUGGUGGAGGUGGCUGCCAUGUGUGGGGUGAAUAUUGUCUGCUUCCAAGAGGCCUGGACUAUGCCUUUUGCCUUCUGCACCCGAGAGAAGAUGCCAUGGACAGAAUUUGCAGAGUCGGCUGAAGAGGGACCCACUAUUCGAUUCUGCCAAGAGCUGGCAAAGAAGUACAACAUGGUUGUGGUGUCGCCAAUUCUGGAGCGGGACGAGGUCCACGGAGACACUCUGUGGAACACAGCAGUGGUGGUGUCGAACUCUGGUGCCGUGCUGGGAAAAACUCGCAAGAACCACAUCCCCCGUGUGGGUGACUUCAAUGAGUCCACAUACUACAUGGAGGGCAACACCGGUCACCAGGUGUUCCAGACGCAGUUUGGGAAGAUCGCAGUGAACAUCUGCUAUGGCCGCCACCACCCCCUGAACUGGUUCAUGUAUAGCAUGAAUGGAGCAGAAAUCAUCUUCAACCCCUCUGCAACAGUGGGGGAGCUGAGUGAGCCCAUGUGGCCUAUUGAGGCAAGGAACGCAGCCAUUGCCAACCACUGCUUCACCUGUGCGAUCAACCGCGUGGGCACGGAACAUUUCAAGAAUGAGUUCACCUCUGCAGAUGGAAAGAAAGCUCACCAAGACCUUGGGUACUUUUAUGGCUCCAGCUAUGUGGCUGCCCCGGAUGGGAGCCGUUCCCCAGGCCUCUCCAGAACCCGUGAUGGGCUCCUAGUGGCCGAACUGGACCUGAACCUGACUCGGCAGAUCAAUGACAAGUGGGGUUUCAAGAUGACUGGAAGGUAUGACAUGUAUGCACAGGAGCUCACUAAAGCAGUCCAGGAUGACUUCAAACCAAACAUUGUGAAGGAAUAACAGUUCAUCACUGCUCUUACCACAGCAAUGGUACCUGAAUGGAACUGAAAUGAGACAACCAAGUGCAUGAGUGUCUGAGAAUGAGAUAAGUGGUGUAAUUCUCCAACCGCAGGACAAUUCUUACAUUUAAUGGAGGACUGGAGAACCUGGUGAUUCUUCUGCCACUGAAUAUAUUGAGGUGCUUGUCAAACUUAGUGCAGCCAUAGGAAUUUGUCAAUUCUGAAAUUCAUUUUUCGUUUUUAAUUGCACAAAAUGUUGAAAUAAAUAUUGAUUUUGAAAACA